CCGCGCGUGCAGUUCACCCGCCAAGGCGAACACACUGCCAGCGUGGUGUUCCCAGUUCACGGCAAAACUCUGGAUGCGUUCACUUCACAGAUCAGAGCUGCUAGCUAGCAAGCGCGACCAGGGCUCUGCACACCCCGAGGGCAUGAGUCGCAGUCAUGUGCCAUGCACAUCCAUUGGUACCACGGUGGGACAGGCGAUUGAAAAUAACAGCCAGAGCACCCAAGAACACGCCUCCAAGGCAGGCCAGUGUGUCUGAGCUACUUUUCCUUUUGUGAGUAGAGCUAAAGAUAUAGCUAGAGAGGCCAUCACCAUAGAACAAGUUGAAAGCAGAACAACACCAACAUGACACUCUCAUGUCGCCUGGUUGCCGUCCUAAUCCUGGCAGUAGCUCUGGUCUGUUCGAGAGCCGAGCAAAGGAGCACCGGGAGCGGGCGGCACCAAGCUGCCAAUGCAAGCGGCUCAGCUCAUGAUCAGGGUCAGGCUCCGGCUCGCCACGCAUUCCCCACGCCGCCGCCUUCACGUUCUGGUCACCAUCAUCACCGUGGAGAAGCUCCGGUGCUGCCGUUGAGGCCUCUUGGCUGGAGGACACCAGUGGCUGCUCCGCCUCCGCCGCGUCCCGGAACUCCACGGUCCAGAAUAAGGCCAUAUCAUCCGCCACCCCCGCCGCCGCCACCACCGCUUCCAUGCUCGUAGCUGUAGCUCUAGCAGUGUAGCAAAUGACUGGAUUGUUGGCGUUCCAUUCCCUGUAUCGUAGUUAGCCCGGGCUUUAAUUUGGUAGUGUUCUUUAGUUUGGAGUUUUCAAUCGACUGUAACCCGAAUUGUUGGGCACCAUUAGAUCUUGCUGUUCAUCCAGUUCACAGGCAACUAGUCCUCACUCUUGUAACCAGUUUAGUUAGCUUAUGAUCCUUAUGCAUAAUUUGUCUUAUCGUGAUACAUAAUUUCAACCUCUUUG